AUGAUUCAAAAAGCCGUUAUAACCACUGAUCUCAUUCUCCUCUGCCAAAAAUGCAAAACCCUAAACCAACUCAAGCAAAUCCACGCCUACCUCCUCACCUCCACCCGACCCGAAUCCCCCUACGCCGUUGCGCCGCUCCUCUCCGCCGCCGCAAAACACGCUCCCUGGUUCCCCUACGCUUGCUCCAUCUUCAACCACCACCACCGCAACACUUUCAUGUACAACACCAUGAUCAGAGCCCACGCGCAUUACCACGCGCCGCUGGCCGCGAUUACGUGUUACAUAGACUUGUUGUAUUGUGGGAUUGUUGCUAAUAAUUUUACAUUCCCGCCGUUGAUCAAAGCUUGCGUGAUGUUGAUGGAACAUGAUUCCGGGCUAACGGGUCGGUUGGUUCAUGCCCAUGUUGUUAAACUCGGGUUCGGAGACGACCCGUUUGUCGUUUCGGGGCUGAUCGAGUUUUACUCGGCGAGUGUUGAGAUUGGUUCUGCGAGAUUGGUGUUUGAUAAAAGUCAUGAGAAAGAUGUGGUGGUGUGGACGGCGAUGGUGGAUGGGUAUGGGAAGAUUGGGGAUGUGGAGAAUGCACGGAAGGUGUUCGAUGAAAUGCCCGAGAGAAAUGCUGUGUCGUGGAGCGCGAUGAUGGCUGCGUAUUCUCGAGUGAGUGGAUUUAGAGAGGUGAUUUGUUUGUUUAGGCAGAUGCAGGAAGCGGGGACGAGGCCGAAUGAGGCUGUUCUCGUUAGUGUUCUCACUGCCGCGGCUCAUUUGGGCGCGGUGGCGCAAGGGUUGUGGGUGCACUCGUAUGCUAAGAGGCGCAGGCUUGAGUCGAAUGUGAUAUUGGCCACUGCGUUGGUUGAUAUGUACUCGAAAUGUGGGUAUGUGGAAGCAGCUAUGGAGGUUUUUGAGGGCAUGGCGGAUAAGGAUGCGAGAGCGUGGAAUGCUAUGAUUAACGGGGUUGCAAUGAAUGGGGAUGCAAGGAAAUCGAUUGAGCUGUUUGAUAAAAUGGUUGGAGAUAAGAUUCAACCGACAGAGACUACAUUUGUUGCUGUUCUCUCGGCUUGCAGGCAUGCGAAAAUGGUAGACAAGGGACUUGAAUUGUUUGAUCAAAUGAGUACCCUUUAUGGGGUUAAGCCCGGGCUUCAGCACUAUGCUUGUGUUGUGGACCUUUUGGCCAGAGCUGGCAUGGUAGAGGAAGCUGAGAAGUUUAUAGAGGACAAGAUGGGAGGACUAGGAAGAGGGGAUGCCAACGUGUGGGGGGCGUUACUAGGUGCGUGUAGAGUUCAUGGGAAUGUUGAAGUUGGGGACAGAAUUUGGCAAAAGCUCGCUGAUAUGGGAGUAGCCGAUUGCGGUAUUCAUGUUCUUUCAUAUAUUAUGUACAAGGAAGCUGGCUUGGAAUUCGAGGCAAAGAGAGUCCGAGAUAUGAUCUCAGAAAGUGGAAUGAAGAAGAAACCUGGUUCCAGUGUGAUAGAGGUAAAUGGAGUGGCUGAAGAGUUCAUUGUUGGUGAUCUUUGUCCUCCACAAGCACAAGAAAUGCUUGAGAUGCUAAACUCCUUCUGUAAAAUGGCGAAUUUGGAGGACGUGUGA